AUGGGGCUUAUCGGGAAGGGCCAGCGCUUGAGACUGGGACUUGUUGUCUGCACCCUCACUGUUCUCGCUAUUCUGCUUAUGCUAAACCUGUUUGGUGAGAGCCACGUACUAAUGUCCGCAGCGCAAGUCGUGCUUGCCGUGCACGAGCCCCCGCGUACGGUGGUGAGCAUCACUACCUUUAGCGAGCGGAUAUUCCACAUGGCCCCGUGCCUCGACAGCGUCUUCUCUCAGUCACAACAGCCAGACCGGAUUAUCAUCUCCAUCCCAAAGACAUACAGGAAGCAAGAAAAAACUCUGUGCACCAUCUCAGACUGUGUUUCAAACACUAUGGACUAUGAUGAAAGCCCGGAAAACGUUUUGAAGUGGUUCAAAACGUACUUCGCUGCGAGCUUCAACGAGACCAAACACGACGUGUUCGAGUUUCCCAAGAUCACGGUUCAGUUCCUUGAGAAGGACUGGGGUCCUGCGACGAAAGUCCUGGGGGCUUUGCUGCUGGAGCACGACCCCGACACCGUCAUUAUAACGCUCGACGACGACGUAUAUUACAAUAGUGAUACAGUCAAGUGGCUCUCUACUCACAUCGAUCGCCAGGGCAUGGCACUCUCGUUUGGUUGCGAGAUGUGGAACAGCCAGCACCGCAACUUCGUAGCGUUCACGACGUAUUCCAUCUCCAACAUGUUCGCAAGCACCCCGCGCGUGUGCAAGGGCUGGCUAGUCGGCUGGACGGCUGUGGCGCAUCGUGUCAGCAACUUCGGGGAGGACGUCUGGACGUACCUGAACAGACUCCCUCGGGGAUGUUUCUACAACGACGAUAUUUGGAUAUCCGGCUACAUCGCCAGACGGGGGGUGCUCAAGGUGUAUGCGCCCUGGGUGCUUUAUCACGCGUAUCAUCAGCGCGACAAAGAGCUCAGCCUGAGCACCAUCGAGGGCACGCGAGAGCGGUACGCUUUGCCCUGCGCAAGGGAAUUGUUUUAG